CGUGGCCAUUGCGAGAAAUUCUUCGGUGUUGUCAUCGCGUUCUUUAGUUUGGUGUGCUUUACACAGGGCGUGUAGGCGGAAUUUAAAAUAUACACAAUGCGUCUCUAACAGCAGUUUGUUUUCUCGUUUCUGUACAUUGUUAGGGUCGUGUUAAGUAUUUCUCUUAUGUGAUACGGAAGAUAGGUACCUUCGAAGAUUAAACAAUCCGACAUUUUACACGAGCUCUUUAGCUUCUUUCGUUAGCUAUGGAGGAGAGGAAGGAGGAGGGAGAAGCGGAGAUCCAAGAGCACGGCCCCGAACACUGGUUCUCCAAGUGGGAACGGCAGUGCUUAGCAGAGGCUGAACAGGGGGAUCAAACCGAGGAAGAGACGGAACAAAGCCAGCAGAAGCUGUGGCACCUCUUUCAGAACUCAGCCACGGCGGUAGCACAGCUCUACAAAGACAGAGUAUGCCAGCAGCAAGGUCUCUCUCUCUGGGUGCCCUUCCAGAAUGCAGCAACAGCAGUCACUAACCUGUACAAAGAGAGUGUAGAGGCUCGCCAACGGAGCUACGACCUGGGCAUCCACUUAGGCUACCAGCGCAGGAAUAAGGAUGUGAUUGCAUGGGUUAAGAAACGCAGAAGAACUAUCAGGCGUGAGGAUCUCAUCAGUUUCCUGUGUGGCAAAGUUCCUCCUCCACGAACGACUCGUGCACCACCAAGGGUUGCCAUGGUGUCUGCUAGCCGCCCUGCACAGCCAGAGACAGGCAGCUCAGUGGAGACUGACCUGCAGCCUUUCAGAGAGGCCAUAGCCCUGCACGGUCUUAGUGGUGCCAUGGCAAGCAUCUCUGUGCGUUCUGGGCCUCCUGGUUCCCCAACUCACCCUGCCCAGCCUCUCAGUCGCCGUAGAAAUGGUCUUCACGACGUUGACCUAAACACCUUCAUUGCUGAAGAGAUGGCACUCCAUUUGGAUUCCACAGCCAAUCGCAAACGAGGCCCUGCCCCCUGUAGUGAUGUCAUCACAGACUCACCUACGCAUAAACGUAACAGGAUGCUCUGAACUUUUCAGACACCACUAAUCCCUCCUCUGUCCUCUCCCUGGUGGCCGACUGGACAGCUGAUGAGGACUGAUGCCUUGGCCGACCAUUAAAAUCUUCCUCCUCUUCAUCUUAGUUGCAAUGCUACCAAUAAAGGAACUCUUCUAUUACCAACCCACAUACUUCUCCCCUCCUUCAUUUUUCUUUUUCCUCUGUUUGUUCCCACAGUCUCUCCAGAGUAGUGUUCUCCUCUUUUGAAGAAAACUUUCUUUCUUAAUUAUGUGUGGUUGUCCUCAGUAGAUCUGACAGCAAAGCGAGCACACGUCACAUUUAAAAUCCUUAAACUGCAGAAUGUUGCUUUUAGUCAUGGGUUUAUUUUGCCGGGCUCCUUUUUGUGCUUCACAGCCGAUAAUCAGAUGAACCGGGCUGUUGCUUACUGUUUGCAGUUCUCAUCCCUCAAGCGUACUACUUCCUCCUCUUCCUCCUCUGUGGAGUGCUGGCCAAACCAGACUGGACUGAAAUGCGGACUCCUUGGGAGGCUGAACCACCUUCCUGCUGUGUGGCUCGACUUAAAACGCUUGUCAGCGUGUGUAUCUCAUUCUGCUGCUGCUCUGUGUGUUCGCGUAUCUGACAGCAGAACUGCCACUUACUGUGUUGUUCUUGUCUUUGCCUUUGAGAAAGCUGCUACAGUAUCUCUGGUUGUUGUGCAACAGUGAGAGUGGGAGUGUGUGUGUGUGUGAAAGAAAGAUUAGGUGUGUGUGUGUGUGUGGAUGCAGGGUUCUGGCAAAUUCAGCGCCCACUUGACCGAAUAACUUCCUGUUUUACUUAAAUUCAUCCUAUUUUUAGAUUCUUUAGUUGCUCUUUUCAGCCCAAAUCAGGGUUUUAUCACAAAGCAGGUCAGUCUAAUUUACACACAUAAUGGUGACGUAACUUUUAGCAUUAACUGGCACUUUGAGUCUGGUAAUGGAUGGAGACUCAAUGUAUUUUCAACAGAUUAGUACCCUUGUUCUGCUUGUUCUGCAGUUUUCUAAUUAUAUUGUUACUCAUAGGUAUGGUCAUGUUUACAGAUGAUCCAAAUAUUCACUGUGUCCCUUUUGAGCAACGUACAUUACAGACAAACGGCAAAGUACAUCUGACUGACUUCUUACAUUUUUGCAUCAGGAUUAACAACAGUGUUUGAAGCUUGCAUGUUACCUGUUCUGUUUACACAUGGCCCGCUGACAAGAACUCAGAGUUGGACCAGUUAGUUUCUUGUACUUAACAAAAAUUAGGAUUAACACUUUUAACACUUUUCAUUUCAACUUUAAACCUGUUAGAUUGAAAGGGGGGGGGGCAGUGUUCUUGAAACAGCAGUGAACAUUUGAUAUUGUCGAGUUGACUCAUGGGCCGUGAGGCAACACAGUUAAGCAAGGCUUUGGGCGAGUGUUUUGCAAAUUUCACACACUGCUUUGUGAUACAAUCUUGUGUAAUGUGUGUAAAUAACAUGUAGGUGCUGUUAAAUGUGGUACAUAUUGUAAAAAGAAGUGCAAAUCCAUUGGGAUGUCCAUGUACAAUUCUGACAUUAAAGAAAAAUACAAGCGUU